AAUGCAGAUAUUGCCCUUAUUGGCUUGGCUGUCAUGGGUCAGAAUAUUAUACUCAAUAUGGAUGACCACAAUUUUGUGGUAUGUGCAUAUAACAGAACUGUGGCUAAGGUUGAACAAUUUCUUAAUAAUGAAGCUAAAGGAACCAAGAUUAUUGGCGCGAAUUCUCUGGAAGACAUGAUUAGUAAAUUAAAGAAGCCAAGGAAAAUCAUGUUGUUAGUUAAAGCUGGUUUUGCAGUUGAUGAGUUUGUGAAAAAUCUAAUACCACUUCUUGACAAAGGCGACAUUAUCAUUGAUGGUGGAAAUUCACAGUAUUUAGAUACCCAACGCUGGUGCAAAGAGUUGGAACCCAUUGGCAUCCAUUAUGUUGGAAUGGGAGUUAGUGGUGGAGAAGAUGGAGCGCGGUAUGGUCCUUCAUUGAUGCCAGGCGGCCAUGCUGCUGCUUGGCCGCAUAUCAAACCAAUAUUCCAGGCAAUAAGCGCAAAAGCUAAUGACGAACCAUGUUGUGACUGGGUCGGUGAAGAUGGGGCCGGCCACUUCGUUAAGAUGGUGCACAACGGUAUCGAGUAUGGAGACAUGCAGCUCAUCUGUGAAGCGUAUCAUUUAAUGAAAGAUGUUAUAGGUAUUGAUCAAGAUGAAAUGGCUCGGGUGUUCGAACAGUGGAACCAGGGUGAUCUGGAUUCGUUCCUUAUUGAGAUUACUAGAGAUAUCUUAAAGUUCAAAGAUGCUGAUGGCAAGUACCUGUUGCCCAAGAUCCGUGACUCGGCCGGACAGAAGGGCACUGGAAAAUGGACAGGAAUUGCGGCGCUCGAGUACGGAGUGCCAGUUACACUUAUAGGCGAGGCCGUAUUUGCGCGAUGCCUUUCAGCUCUCAAAGAUGAGCGCAUAGAAGCGAACAAGGUUUUGCCGGGUUCAUCACAGAAAUUCACAGGAAAUAAAAAUGAGUUUCUGGAUCAUCUACGUAAAGCUCUGUAUGCCAGCAAGCUGAUAUCCUACGCCCAAGGUUUUAUGCUGCUUCGUGAAGCUGCAAAGGCGAACAAAUGGAAUCUGAAUUACGGCAGCAUUGCGUUGAUGUGGCGAGGCGGCUGUAUCAUUCGCAGUGUGUUCUUAGGCAAUAUCAAGGAAGCAUUCACGAAGAAUCCUCAACUGACGAAUUUGCUGUUGGAUCCAUACUUUUGUGAGCGAAUCAGCGCUUCGCAGUCGUCGUUGCGGCAGGUGGUAGCUCAAGCAGCGCUAGUCGGCGUGCCCACACCAGCUUUCUCAUCAGCCCUCGCGUUUUACGACGGCUACCGUUCAGACGUGCUGCCGGCUAAUCUAUUGCAGGCGCAAAGAGAUUACUUCGGCGCCCACACGUAUGAGCUAGUGAAUAAACCGGGCGAGUACGUGCAUACCAAUUGGACCGGCCACGGCGGUAAUGUCUCGGCAUCCACCUACAACAACUAAAACUAUAUAUAUA